AUGACAAAAUCUUUUUCACUGUAUAUUGUUUCAUGGGUUUUAAUAAUUCAAUUAUCAGUUGGGGUAAAUUGUCAAACUCUUCAACGAUCACUUCACACGACCACACUUGUUAAUAAUAAAUUAUAUGUUAUAGGAGGAAUACAUGAUUUAAAAGUGAAAGCAAAUGAAGAAGCUAUUGGAAAACAAUUUCUUUACCUUGAUAUGACCGUUCCAUUUAAUACUGAUAAAUUAUUUUGGAAUGACAUAACAAGCAACAAUAAUGUCCCGGCACAUUCUGGUGCAGCAUCUGGUACGAGUAAUGGUGCACUGAUUCUAUAUGGAGGAAACCCAAUAGUUAAAAACACUGUGAUGGAUUUGGUAUAUAUGUUCAAUACGAUAAAUAAUACAUGGAUAAAAACUCCAAAAUUUAAUGUUGAAAACAAUAGAAAAAGUAAUCUAAAAGGCAUAAGUGUUAAUGAAAAGAUUUACUUGUUUGGAGGGAUGUAUAAUAAAAACCUGACCAACAGUAUGGUCAUUUUUGAUGUGGUCAAUCUUGGUUUCACAAGAGGAAGUUUGAUAAAUGCGCCAGCCGAAAGGGUUCAUUGUGGUGCAACUUUGUUACCAAAUCAUCAAAUUGCUUAUUUUGGAUUUCAACUUGACCCCGCAGAUGCGCUUCACGUGUUAGAUUUAACGAGCAUGACAUGGUCGAUUCCAAAGGUUACUGGAAAAAUUCCAAUGUCUCGAUUUCAUCAUCAAGCAAAUGUGGUUGGAAGGUUUAUGGUUAUAACAUUUGUAAAUGGUGAACCACCACCCAAAAAUAACAAAUCAAUUCUAAUUAGUGCAUCUGUUGUGUCUGUUAUAAUUGUUGGAUUCAUAAUAUUAACUGGAGUGUUUUUAUAUAAAUCACAUAAAAGUAAAAAGAACCGCGCGGGAAUAUUACGUGUUCCUGGUUUAGAUACUAGUAAUAGAAAAGAGGAAAUAUUAGAAAUACCUGGAAAUGUAUUAAAUAAUAGAGAUUUCAUGUUUCAUGUCAUGUAA